GCAAUGUACGAGUGCGACGCGCUGCCUUUGCAUGCCGCAGGCAGGGCGCACCCCCCACCACGUUAUCCUCAUGUCCUGUUCCUUCCGCUUCCACUCCUCCGCCCUACCCGCAGCCGCUGCACGGCUCCACCUCUCCCGCGGACUCCGGCCGCCACCGUCACGCCGUCGCCUGCACAACACAUUCUCACCCACCCUUUCCAUCUCCCCGCCCUCCCGUCACGCCGCCAUCGCCGCCGCCGCCGCUUCUCCCCUCGGCGCAUCUCAGGAGGCAUCGGCGAUGGCGGUGUCCGCGUCGGAGGGCGUUGGCCAGUACGAUCUGCUGAUUGUUGGGCCUGGCGUGCUUGGCCGGAUUGUGGCGGAGAGAUGGCAGCAGGAGCAUCCAGGUUGCAAAAUUUUUGGUCAUACUGCAACCACAGAUCAUCACAGUGAAUUGACUCAACUUGGGAUCAUUCCCUCCUUGAAAGGACCAGCUGUUCAGAAAGUUCCGUACGUUAUUUUCUGCGCUCCUCCUUAUCGGACAGAUGAUUACCCAGGAGAUCUGAGAGUGGCAGCAUCAAACUGGAAUGGACAAGGCUCUUUCCUGUUUACAUCGAGCACUGCUGUGUAUGACUGCAGUGACAAUGGAUUGUGUAGUGAGGAUUCUCCUUGUGUGCCAAUUGGUAGGAGCCCUCGUACUGAUGUGCUCCUAAAAGCUGAAAAUGCCGUCCUUGAGGCAGGAGGAAGUGUUCUCCGGCUUGUAGGACUUUAUAAGAGUGAUAAAGGUCCUCACAUUUUUUGGUUAUCGAAGGGAACUUUUGAUUCACGUCCAGAUCACAUACUCAAUCUGAUACACUAUGAAGAUGCUGCUUCUCUUGCAAUUGCCAUUAUGAAAAGGAGACUACGUGCUCGUGUUUUUGUUGGUUGUGACAAUCAGCCUCUAUCUAGGCAAGAAAUAAUGGACCUUGUUAAUAGAAGUGGGAAAUUUGAUACGAAGUUUCAAGGCUUCACAGGGACUGAUGGUCCUUUAGGGAAGAGGAUGGAGAAUUCCAAAACUCGUGCUGAGAUUGGGUGGCAACCGAAGUAUCCAAGCUUCACAGAAUUCCUUGGUUUGAGCAAUUAGUAUCCAUGUAUAUCACAACAUUUUACGGUUUCAAUUCAAUAUUAAAGCAUUGAUGUGAAUGUGAUUCCUCUGGCAGUUGUUUUUUCUUUGGUUAUUCUCAGUAUGUGAGAGCAUAUGUGUUGAUUUGAUUUGUAAUGUAUGAUAAUUCAUUAUUACAUAAUCGACUGUACCAUACCAAGAA